UCACUCACUCACUCUCUCAUAAAAGCUCUGGACUAUGGAGCUUCAUGACAGCUAUCGCUCUCCGGUUGAAACUUUCAAGCUUCUUUCUAUCUCUCUCUCUCUGAAAUCUGAAAUGGGUUGUUGAACCAGUCUUUGGUAGAAGAAGACUCUGAAACUCCAUUUCUAAGGCCAUUGUUUUCUCUUGUAGCCAUUCGAGUCUGGUGGGAUGGCUCUCCGGCGGCUUCAACUUCUCGUCCUUCUGCUCCAGCUGUUCUCGAAUGGCAUUAGUGGAGAGCUAAGAGACGACGAGAAAGAAGAGGAAAUGCAGCUCUUGCUUUCCUUCAAGGAGGGUCUGCAAAACCCUGGAGUUCUCUCUUCAUGGACGCCCACUUCUUCUCACUGCGAAUGGAAGGGCGUGGCUUGUGUCAAGGGCCGAGUCACCUCCCUCGUUCUGUCGACUCAGUCUCUCAGAGGGCCCCUCUCUCCGUCUCUCUUCUCUCUUUCUAGCCUCAUUGAGCUCGACCUGUCCUCGAACUUUCUCCACGGUGGAUUACCACCUGGAAUCGCCGGGCUCCGGCGGCUGAAGGCUCUAGACUUGGGCGACAACCAGUUUUCCGGCGAUUUGCCGAGUGAACUCGGUGAAUUGACUCAUCUUGAAACCCUUAGACUCGGACCGAACUCGUUCGCCGGGAAAAUCCCGCCGGAGCUGGGGAAUCUAUUUUGGCUGAAGUCGCUCGAUCUCUCCAGUAACGAACUUGCCGGAAACAUCCCUACCCGGAUAGAAAAUCUCACUCGCCUCCAGUUCCUUGGCCUCGGCAACAAUCUACUCACAGGUUCUCUCUUUCCUUCUCUCUUCAGCAAGCUUCAAUCCUUGAUUACACUGGACGUCUCAAACAACUCCCUCUCCGGCACCAUUCCGCCGGAAAUCGGAAACCUGAAGAAUCUAACCGACCUAUACAUCGGCAUCAACCUGUUUUCCGGCGAGUUGCCGCCGGAAAUCGGUGCACUCUCGAGCCUGCAGAACUUCUUUUCCCCUUCUUGUUCAAUCAGUGGCCCGUUGCCGGAAACCAUUUCGGACCUCAAAUCUCUAAGUAAAGUCGAUCUUUCCCAUAACCCAUUGAAGUGUUCAAUCACAAAAUCAUUCGGGAAGUUGCAGAAUUUGACCAUACUGAACCUCGUUUACGCCGACCUCAACGGCUCGAUCCCCGCCGAGCUCGGAAACUGCCGGAAUUUGAGAACUCUGAUGCUCUCUUUCAAUUUCCUUUCCGGGCCUUUGCCGGAAGAGCUCCGAAACCUUCCCAUGGUCUCAUUCUCAGCCGAAAGGAAUCAGCUUUCUGGGCCAUUGCCUUCUUGGCUCGGGCAAUGGGACCUGAUAGAUUCGAUUUUGCUUUCCAGCAACCGAUUUUCUGGGAAAAUCCCACCCGAGAUAGGAAACUGCACUCUGCUAAGCCACAUUAGCCUCAGCAGCAACUUGUUGACCGGUCCAAUUCCUAGGGAACUUUGCAAUGCCGUCGCAUUGACGGAGAUUGAUUUCGACAGUAAUUAUCUUUCGGGUUCGAUCGAAGAGACCUUUAUCAUGUGUACUAAUCUUUCUCAGCUGGUUCUGGUGGACAACCAGAUCAUUGGUUCAAUUCCAGAGUAUUUGUCCGACCUUCCACUGAUGGUUCUCGAUGUUGAUUCGAACAAUUUCACGGGUUCAAUUCCUGUUAGUUUGUGGAACUCGAAGAAUUUGAUGGAGUUUUCAGCUGCAUUCAAUCUCUUGGAGGGUAACCUGCCUAUAGAGAUUGGUAAUGCUUUGGCACUGGAGAGGCUUGUGCUCAAUAACAAUAAUUUUGGCGGGAAAAUUCCCAGUGAGAUUGGAAAUCUUAGGGCUCUUUCUGUUUUGAGUUUGAAUUCCAAUUUCUUUGAAGGAACAAUCCCGGUUGAGCUUGGGAACUGCAUUGCUCUAACCACAUUGGACCUCGGGAACAACCGGUUCAACGGGUCGUUUCCAGAGGAACUGGCUGAUCUUCCUCAGUUACAGUGCUUGGUUCUUUCCCACAACAACCUGUCUGGACCAAUUCCCUCCAAGCCAUCAAGGUAUUUUCGCGAAGUUGACAUCCCGGACUCUAGUUUUGUUCAGCACCAUGGGGUGUACGAUCUUUCCCAUAAUAGAUUCCAUGGCUUGAUACCGGAUGAGUUGGGGAACUGUGUGGUGGUGGUGGAUCUUCUCAUCAACAACAACUUGUUAACUGGGGAGAUUCCAGCAUCACUUGCUCGGUUAAGGAAUCUCACAACCUUGGAUCUUUCUGGGAAUCUUCUUUCCGGUGGCGUUCCAGCUGAAUUUGGGGACUCUCUGAAGCUGCAAGGCUUGUAUUUAGGGAAUAACAAUCUGACAGGGGUCAUACCUUCAAGCUUAGGCCAAUUGAGUGGAUUGGUGAAGCUCAAUUUGACUGGGAAUAAGCUAUCCGGUCCAAUUCCAUUGAGUUUCGGGAACAUGGAUGGUUUAACCCACCUAGACUUGAGCUUGAACCUGCUUACAGGAGAGCUGCCAUUGUCUCUUUCGAUGAUGGUGAACCUUGUCGGUCUGUAUGUUCAGCAAAACAGGCUUUCGGGUCGUAUAGUGGAACUGUUUUUGGAUUCUACGGGGUGGAGGAUUGAAACUGUAAACUUGAGCAGUAAUUUCUUCAAUGGCAAUCUGCCACAAUCUUUGGGCAAUAUGUCGUACUUAACCUCGCUGGAUCUUCACGGCAACAUGUUUACGGGGGAGAUUCCUCCUGAGCUCGGAAACAUGAUGCAGCUCGAGUAUUUGGAUGUUUCGGGGAACAGACUCUCCGGGCAGAUUCCUGAGAAAAUAUGCAGCCUUGUCAAUCUGUUUUGCCUGAAUUUGGCAGAAAAUGCCUUGGAAGGACCUGUUCCGAGGAACGGAAUUUGCCGAAACCUUUCAAAGGUUGCGCUUCAUGGAAACACAGAUCUCUGUGGUGGAAUUUUGGGUUCAGAAUGCCCGAUUAGGAGGGGGAGAAGAGGAUUGCAGUCAAAUCUCUGGGGACUGUCAGUGAUUGUGUUUGGAGCUAUACUGGUAACUCUAUCAGUAGCUAUUGUGCUACGAAUAUGGCACAGCAGAAGCAGCCGGGAGGGUGAUACGAGCCACGCUGAAGAAAGCAAACCCAACAGCUCCGUCGAUCACAAUCUCUAUUUCUUGAGUAGCAGCCGAUCCAAGGAGCCCCUAAGCAUCAAUAUAGCCAUGUUCGAGAUGCCAUUGCUUAAGCUGACUCUGGUCGACAUUCUUGAAGCCACCAACAACUUCUGCAAGACGAACAUAAUUGGUGAUGGGGGCUUCGGGACUGUUUACAAAGCCACUCUGUCGGAUGGGAAGAUAGUAGCAGUAAAGAAGCUCAACCAAGCCAAGGCUGAGGGCCAUCGCGAAUUCCUUGCAGAAAUGGAAACUUUAGGCAAGGUGAAGCACCCGAACCUAGUCCCACUGCUUGGAUACUGCUCUUUUGGCGAUGAGAAGCUCCUUGUUUACGAGUACAUGGUAAACGGGAGCCUGGAUCUUUGGCUGAGGAACCGAACUGAAGCUCUCGAGGUCCUGGAUUGGAACAAACGCUUCAAAAUCGCGAGAGGUGCUGCCUGCGGUCUGGCAUUUCUUCACCACGGGUUCAUUCCCCACAUAAUCCACCGGGACAUCAAAGCGAGCAACAUUUUGCUCAGCAAUGAGUUUGAUCCAAAAGUCGCAGAUUUUGGGUUGGCUCGACUGAUCAGCGCUUGUGAGACUCAUGUGAGCACUGAUAUCGCCGGCACAUUUGGGUACAUCCCGCCGGAGUAUGGCCACAGCUGGAGGUCCACCACGAAGGGCGAUGUCUACAGCUUCGGAGUGAUCUUGCUCGAGCUGGUGACCGGGAAGGAGCCCACAGGGCCGGAGUUCAAAGAGAUCGAAGGCGGGAACUUGGUCGGUUGGGUGUUUCAGAAGAUCAAGAAAGGUGAGGCUGUUGAUGUCCUUGAUCCAAUGGUACUGACUGAGGAGUCUAAGAAGAUGAUGCUUCAAACGCUGCAGAUUGCUGCCAUUUGUCUGUCUGAGAAUCCUGCUAGCCGCCCUACAAUGCUCAACGUUUUCAAGUCCCUGAAAGGGAUCAGAGAUUAUGAAUAGACGCAAUUAAACUUUCUUUGCCUUAGUUGUUGUCUAGCCAAACUCUGUUGUUGUAAUUCUCAGUUGGCUAUAAUCCAUUUGAUCUGUUAAGGGGUUUCAACUUCCAAGUUCUUGUUCCUGAUCUGCACUUUUACAGUUCUGAAAUAAAGCAA